AUGGACCCAGAGCAGAGAUCCACCUCUAUCCUCUCGUCGAACGCAUCGCCGAAAGUCGCCUGUGGAUACAACUCUGCAGGGCAGCGAUUGGGGCGUCUAAUUCCCGCCUCUGCGCAACACGAUACCAUCCUUAUCGCCUGCGUUCUCAAAGACGACAUUCCAGAGCGGACGCUUUCUAUACUCGAGCCGGCGCCACUCGUUGCUGCGCUAGUCUCUACAGAAACGAUCUUUACCGAUGCCCUCGCUCGACACUCCGCGCGUUCCGCGAACAAUGAUGAUGACUGCGUUCUUGAUUUCUCCAAGACCCUUGGGCCCGUACUCAGGGACCUUCACAUUAUGCGGUAUGCGAGGACAACCGCGUUUCUGUUUCCUCCAUAUUAUCGUGGCGUUAGGUUCAGAAAUCAGGUCAAAUUCACGGCACAUGUCAUGUGGAUUGUUGCAAAACAUGUUCAUAAACGCAUAGCGGGUCGUUGUGACCACGUCUUUGCAAAGGUACUCGUCUGUAAGCUCAUCGCUCGCCUAGUUUCCAACAGGCAACUCUGUAUCCUUCGAAAGUUCCAGCGCAAGGAAGCUAGUGAGAGCGCCGUCUAUUGGAGAGGAUUACGCGGGGGAGCCGGCACGCCGCCGCGUCAUGAAGCAGAACCUGAAGGCAUCAGCAGCUCCCGAUACCUCCCUAGAGAACACCACAAUCACAUCGAGCCUCAUCGGCUUCAAGGACCGCCUCAGCAACCUCAUCAACGAGGGGCUCCAAAAGUGCCUCGGGUACCUCUCCAGAAUGGAAGAGUUCACUAUCCCCAAGCACAGUUCUCGAGGAAAGUUCCACAACACCCACCACGGCAACCUUCCGGCCGGCCGCCGCCCCCGCACAAUGGCAUACACCACUCUCAAGAUUCGUAUGGACCACAGCGCCGGGUACACUUCCAGGAACAACGGCGGACGGAUUCCCUACACCCUGCUCGUCAGCAACCUAGGAAUCUACUUGAAGGCCAAGGUCGAGCCGGGCUCGUCGAACAGCGAGGAGCUUCGCAUGCCCUCCACCCACUCCCUCCCAGUCUAUCCGAUGCCGUGUAUCGUGGCCAGCAGCAAGAUCAGGGACGCUUCACGGGACGGUCGCAGCACCUCUCUCAGCAUGAGCAACUGGUGCGACGCCUACCACAACAGCGCCCAUCGCAGCAACGCCCAACCCAGCAACGCACACCGCAGCAGCACCCACCAGAGCAGCGUCCACAGCAGCGCGGCCCACAGUCGCAGAACCCACCCCAGGGUCCACCACGGCAACGUCUACCGCAACAGCACUUCCCGCAGCAGCGCUCAGAGCGGCGUUUCUCACGCGCACAGCGCCCAUUCCCGCAAUUGUCACCACCAGUGUCAGGUCGGUAUCCGCAGCCGCAGUCAGCUUCGCAGGGAGUCACUCGGCCAGCUUUUGCGCCGGCAGCAUCCGCAGAGGACUUCUCCAAGGAGUUUCAAACUCGCGCACCAACCUGGAGAUUAGAUGCUGGUUCCGAAGAUAUUUUUGCUUCAUAUGAAGGCCUCUCCUCGGAUGAGCCAUCGACACCUAAACCCCCUGACGACUCCCGCACUGGUUUUCGAAAGCGCCUGCGCGCUUUGGAAAGGAAAAUUGCGGGUGACGAGAAGCAAUACAAGGGCCUCCAGGAAUUCUAG